AUGUCGACGCACCGGUAUCGUACUCUUCAGGAGCAUCCGCCGGAAGAUGACAAGGACACGAUGAGCGAUCUCGAGCAGAUAUCUCUCGUUAAGUCGGAUUGCACCGGGGAUAGAGAGCACACAGCGAUCAAUCUGCGCAGUUCACCUGUCCGAAGGCUGGCAUUGUGUACGGGCAUUCUCGUGUUGAUCACCUGCACGGCAAUCGUCUUUGCCUCUGUUGUGCCUUUCAAUGGCGCCGAUAUGAAAAAGAAAUGGGAUUUUCCUCCUCCAGAAGUCCAUGUGCCCGGCAUAUCAAAGUACAACGACCGCCUGCACCCAUGCGGCAACUCAUCUGAGGAAGCCCAGGCGCUCGGCUGCAAGUUCAAUCAAUUGACAUGGGCUUGGUUGCCGGCAAGCUGCCCAAUGUAUGCCAACAAUGAAUUCCUGGAAGCGGAAGACUGGGUCUAUUGGGAAGAUCUAGAUCGGACAAAGCCGGUCGGGAACGACGUUUGGGCGGAAGUGCUGGACGGCGAUAGAAAGAUUUUCGCCGAGCUGAGAGAGCAUGCAACGCACUGUGUAUACUUUUUCCUGAGCGUGUCUCAGGUGAUUCGUGAUGGAACACCAUACUAUGACAAGAUGGUCGAGUACAAACAUCACGAGCAUUGUGCCAACAUGCUUCUCGGGUUGCUGAGGAAGUUGCCAGAAUGGCACGAGUUGAACACGUUGGCAGGGACGGUAUCAUUCGACCAAUACUGCGCAUAG